AUGCUACCGGUUUCACGACCCGAGGGACAAAUGAGUUUCAACUACAUUCCAACCACUCAACCAAUGUCGGGUACUUCGACAGGCCGCAGCUCUCCGAGUGACCCGGGAUCUAGCAAUUCCAGAAUGCCAUUUGGUCCUUCCCCGGGUUCCAUCGGGAGUUCGAGGCCGGGAGCUGGCUCCCCUUCUCACGACUUGGGAUCACGACUUUACUCGAAGCGAGCUCGCGAAAUUCAGGCGCAAGAAGGCGUCUCACCUAGCAUCUGGGGUCCUCCUACGAGCGGCCAUUCAACCCCGCUUCGUGAAAAUAUUCCCGAAUCGCCGAGCCAGGACAGCUUCCCUGAUCUAAUCCCUACCACCAAUGGCUCCAUUGGCAGUCCCAGCCGCCGAGCCCGUGCAGGAACGGUGCCAUCUCGUUUUCCUCCGAUGGGCACACUGAAUGAGAUGGAACUCCAGCAGCCAUUCGCCUCGCAGACCUCCCGCCCGACACCCUCGACCAGUCCUUUCAGGCCUCCCGGUGUCUCUGGAAUCGAUACGGGCUCCAAGCCCGCCAGCUCAGGUGCUGGACCUGCCCCGGCGUCUCUCUCACGUCUUCGCGCUGGCUCAAUGCCACAAAGAAGCAACUUCUUGGGUGGAAGUGGUCCCUUCGGACCGUCGCUGUUUUCAACAAACUGGUCCACAGGCCGCGAGCGGGCUACAACCCUGACAAGUAUUCGAUCAUCCGAAGGGCCUACUUCGCCGAGUCACUCCUCCUUCUCGAGGGAUGGCCUUGCGGAUACCGAUGUUAAGACACUAGACUACUUGGGUCUUGCUGAGACUCCCCAGCAAGCGAUGGCAUCUCUUGCGCGUCCAUCCAUGGAGCAGUUGAUGCAGCACCAGCAGCAACAACAACAACAGCAAGCCUCUGCGCUGCCGCCACUCCUGGCUGAGUUGGCAAUGAUAAAAAAUAAUAGUCGGUUCCGCUCAUACUCCGUCAACGCCAAAGAGAAAUACGCGGAUGACGAGGAUCUCGAAUAUGAGAACCGUUAUUCUCAGGUUCCUUCAGGCACCAUGACCCCGUCUGCCGCUGCAACUGCCGCUCAGCUUGCGGCUACACAGGCUCAAAUUCACCAGCACAACCUUGCUGUUCAGGCCUUUGCAAGCCAUGCUUCUGUGAGCAGGCCCCGGGCUCGCACCGCUGGUAUUUUGGAGGCCCCUCCCCAGCGAUCUUCCAUCCGUAACUACCUCGCAACCCCUUCUCGUCUUGACAACAGCUUUAGUGCUGCCGACUUGCAAAUCCCGGAAAAUCUUGAAUAUGAUGAACUGUCCGAGGCCGUUCAGCUUAUGAACCUCGGUGGUGCUGGUAUUCCCGGUCUGGGUGCCCGCCAGACCACUGAGAUGUCGGACGAGAACAACCAGGAUGGGCCUACUCGAGCCCUGUGGAUUGGCAGCAUCCCCGUUUCCACAACUGUCACAUCCUUGGAAGCUAUUUUCGGCAUGUAUGGAAAGAUCGAGUCAACCCGCGUGCUCACCCACAAGAACUGCGGGUUUGUCAACUUCGAUCGUCUGGACAGUGCUGUGCAAGCGAAGUCAUUGCUCAAUGGCAAGGAAAUUUUCCCUGGUGCCGGACCCGUCAGAAUCGGAUAUGCCAAGGUUCCUGGUGCCUCUGCCACUGGCACUCCUGGUGCCAACGGAAUUCAGUCUUCCCCGACCCCCGAUCCAAGCUUCCGGUCCAACCUUGCUGCAGGAGACAGCCCGGACCGGGCUGACAAUGUCCACACAAUCCCUCAAAUCCCUGCGUUGGCAGACUUGCUGCCUGAUAUGGUGCAGAUUGUGCGAGAGUUUGGUGCUAGUGAGACUGAUCUCCAGAACAUCACAGCAAGCAUCCAAAACUCCAUCGCGUUCCAGGCAUUCGAGGAUGAAAUACCCUCUGUACAGGAACCCAGUCAGUCUCGCAUGUUUGAUGCGCCUCGUCUCCGUGACAUUCGCAAGCGCAUCGACAACGGCGCCUGCUCGAUCCAAGAGAUCGAGGAAACCGCCGAGGCCAUGCUUCCUGAGAUUGCGGAGUUGGCUUCUGACUAUUUGGGCAACACUGUAGUCCAAAAGCUGUUCGAGUUCUGCUCGGAAGCUACCAAGGAGCAGAUGUUGAGUCACAUUGCUCCCCAUCUCUCUGAAAUCGGUGUCCACAAGAAUGGAACAUGGGCUGCACAGAAGAUCAUUGAUGUUGCCAAAACUCCGGCACAAAUGCAGUUUAUUGUCGAUGCUCUUCGGCCAUACACCGUUCCUCUCUUCUUGGAUCAAUACGGAAACUACGUUUUGCAAUGCUGCCUGCGAUUCGCCAGUCCUUUCAACAGCUUCAUUUUUGAAUCCAUGCUUAACCGUUUGUGGGAAGUUGCUCAAGGUCGAUUCGGCGCCCGCGCAAUGCGGGCUUGCUUGGAGAGCCACCAUGCCACAAAGGACCAGCAGCGCAUGCUGGCUUCUGCGAUCGCUCUUCACAGUGUGCAAUUGGCUACCAACGCGAAUGGCGCUCUCUUGCUGACCUGGUUCCUUGACACCUGCACAUUCCCUCGUCGCCGAACAGUCUUGGCACCAAGACUUGUGCCUCAUCUUGUUCAUCUCUGCACCCACAAGGUUGCCUACUUGACCGUUCUCAAGGUCAUCAACCAACGCAACGAGCCAGAGGCUCGUGAUAUCGUCUUGAAGGCAUUAUUCUUUAGCGCAGGUGAUGAGGUUUUGGAGAAGAUCUUGAGUGACCAGACUUCUGGUGCUACUUUGAUCUUCAAGGUUCUCACCACGCCGUUCUUUGAUGAGUCUAUGCGUGCCGAAGUUGUCAAGAAUGUGUCCAAGGUUCUCACAAAGCUCAAGGCCUCCCCAAGCCAAGGAUACAAGCGUCUGAUGGAUGAGGUUGGUCUCUCCUCUCGCAGCAGUGGCCGUGAACACCACGGCCGAGAGCACGGCACUGGAACCCCGGAGAAGUCCCAGCACCGCCAGUCCUCCCGACACGGCAGCACAGGUUACCCCGCUCAGCCAUCCAUGGACAGACAGUACAAUGGACAACAGCAAUUUGCCCCCAACGCAUAUGGCCAAAACCCCGACUCCCGCCCGAUCUCUUCCGACCAGAACAACCCCUCACCUCUUGAUCCCUACUCCAACGGUCUCGGAAACAACCCACUCAACGGCAUGCCCGGCGGGCCUGGGUAUGGUCAGGAACCCUUGAGCCAGCAACAGCUGCAGUACCAGGCCUACCUCGCCGCUCAGGCCCGUGGCGUUUCUCCUGGCUACCCAGGAAUGCCAAACGUCAACUACGGAUACCCUGGCGCCUCGCCUGCAGACAACCUUCGUUCCUUGCAACCCCAGCAAAACGCGCCCCUUUCUGCUGGACCUGGCCAAAUUGGCCCCAACCCCAUACUAGGUCAGAACUACCAACAGUUCAGCCCAGUAGUCAACCCUGCCCAGAUGUAUCAAUAUCCCCCACAAUAUUACCAACAGGCACAGCCGGUGCAGGGGCAAGGUGGAGGUCGACGUGGACGGCGGUGA